AUGCCGCUUGCCUUUCCUUCGAUCACCACCAUAUUGGGCAUAGCCUUCCUGGGCUAUAUAGGUCAUUCCAUGUGGAUGAUGGCCCAAUUAUUUACCACACUAAAAUGCACAGACGUCCCCUGCUAUAAUUCAUUCCUGGCAAAUCGACCACGCAUGCAAUUGGCAUUGUGGACCUCCACUACACACAACCCUAUACACACGGAGGUGACCAAGGUGGAUAGUAUUAAGAACUUUGACUACAUGAGCGCCUAUGAAAAGGACUAUGAAAUUAAGGUACCGGCAAAAACCAGACGAAAUGGUACUUUAUAUAUGCAAGUUGUGCUGGCACUGCAAGGAGAGCCGUUGGAAUGGAAAACAUUGAGGAGAGACGGUCCCACGGUAAUUCACAGUUUAAGUAUUACCGAAUAUAUGGUGCCCAAGGCAGCCGCCUAUAUCCUAUUGGGGGAUAAGGAAAAAGGUGCUGCAGCAGCAUCGAAAAAAUCUCAGUCUGCUGCUAAACCCCAUACCCACAUAAUGUCUGAUGUUCAUGUGUCAUUGUUAACGGAUUUGAUAUCGCUGUCGGCCGCUGAUGUUCCACCAGAAAUGGCCCCACUCAUACAUGUCAACAGGCAUCAGCAAAUAUUACCCAUCCUCAAGACAGACUUUUUCAAUACCCGUAUGAAGGAUUUGGUGGAGGUGGAUCGCAAUAUGACCACUUUCACAAUUAAAUUUCAUUUCCGUCCAAUGGGUAUUGGAAGACUACGUCUGAUGCUAAUGAUUGAGCAUGCAAUGAAGAUGAUGUAUCAAAUGGGCAUUACCAAAAACGAUGUCGAGGAGAUUAAAUCCAUGUUCUCCGACACGAAUUUGUAUUUGCUCUUAGCCACCAUAUUUGUGGCCAGUAUACACAUGCUUUUCGAUUUUCUAUCAUUCAAAAACGAUGUGGCUUUCUGGCGCAAAAAGAAAUCCUAUGAAGGACUCUCUACACGCACAACUCUGUGGCGAGCAUUCUCUCAAAUUGUCAUCUUCUUGUACUUGUUGGAUGAAAAGACAUCGCUUUUGGUGGUAAUACCAGCCGGUAUAGGAGUACUAAUUGAGUUGUGGAAAUGUAAGAAGAUACUUAAACUAGAAAUCGGUCUCAAGGGGAUUCGCAAAAAGGAACAGCGGACUAAUAACACAGACUCAAAGAACGCCAAGGCUGUUGGUUCAGCCGAAUUGAAAACUGAGGAAUUCGACAAGCAAGGCAUGCGUUAUUUAAGUUACCUCUUGUAUCCUUUAUGUAUUGGUGGAGCCAUUUAUUCCCUGAUAUACUACCCACACCGCAGUUGGUAUUCUUGGACCCUCAAUUCGUUGGUCAAGGGUGUCUAUGCAUUUGGUUUCCUAUUCAUGUUACCUCAGUUGUUUGUCAACUACAAACUAAAAUCGGUGGCCGCUUUGCCAUGGCGCGCAUUUAUGUACAAAGCCUUUAACACAUUUAUCGACGACUUCUUCGCAUUUAUUAUAAGCAUGCCUACUGCCCACCGUAUAGCCUGCCUUCGAGACGAUGUUGUAUUCCUGAUAUAUCUCUACCAACGGUGGUUAUAUCCAGUCGAUAAAAAUCGCCUAGAUACGGGAUUAAGCAUUGAGGAAAUGCCAGAUGAUAAUCAUGAGAAUACGACGGAAAGUGUUUCUGCUGAUGGGAAAGCCAUUGAAAGUAAAAAACAAAAGUAA